AUGCUGAGGCUAGGAGAGCAAACCGCAACGAGAUAUGGGAUUGAUAAGCGGGUAGUUAGUUUACCUUUGACGUUCAAAGCAGUUUAUGGAGACAUGUCUGACACAUGGAGCCGAUUCUUGUUACCUUCGACCUUGAUGAUAGGUUGGGCCUUUUUCUCGGAAGGGUUCGCUUUAUUGCACUUGCAAGACAGAAAUCAGAGGACUCUGGGCCGAACUUUGGUCACGGGUGUGUCCUACAACAAGGUUCUUCUCUCCUAUUAUAUCGCCGAUCUUCCCACAAUCCUUUGGCAGAUGGGCAUCAUGCUCGGUUUUAUUUGGUGGAGUCGUGGUGACCAAGUUCAAGGAAGUUGGGCCUUGAUCGUUCUUAUUUUCUAUCUUGUGCGUGCAUCAAUCACGGCAAUAUCCUUUCUGGCGGUGCAACCUAUUGAAAACCAGUUGAACGCCGUGAUCGUUUCAAUUUCAAUUUUGUGGUUUGCCAUUUAUGGGUCAGAUACGUUCUGGCCCAUUGAAACUACCGUUUGGUGGUACCGAAUAUUUUGCUACUGCCUCCCACCAACCUUUCCGUUGGGUGUGUUACGCUCCGUAAUGACGAGGGGAUGGGGAUUCUUGCAUCCUGGAGUUUUCAUCUAUGGGGUCUUUGCUCAAAUCAUGAGUCUAAGCGUUUGUUUUAUUCUCACUUUGUGGAUUGAGAAACGUCGAAAAAUUAAAUAA